AAACAAACACUCUCUAAAUGGCGGCUCUCAGAAAAGCCGUGUUCUUUGUAAUCGCUCAAUGCUUCACCUUUUCCGCAUAUGCUGCAAGGUUUGAAAUCACAAACCGAUGCACAUACACUGUCUGGGCUGCGUCUGUGCCUGUUGGCGGUGGCGUGCAAUUAAACCCGGGCCAGUCAUGGUCCGUGGACGUGCCUGCAGGAACGAAAGGGGCCCGCGUUUGGGCCCGAACCGGCUGCAACUUCGACGGUUCGGGCCGCGGUGGAUGCCAGACCGGUGACUGCGGGGGUGUCCUCGACUGCAAAGCUUACGGUGCGCCUCCCAACACCCUGGCUGAAUACGGCCUGAACGGGUUCAACAAUUUGGACUUCUUCGACAUCUCCCUCGUGGACGGUUUUAACGUGCCCAUGGACUUUAGUCCAACCUCGAAUGGAUGCACACGUGGCAUAAGCUGCACUGCGGACAUUAACGGACAGUGCCCUAGUGAGCUAAAGACUCAAGGAGGUUGCAACAACCCUUGCACUGUCUUCAAAACCGACCAGUACUGUUGCAAUUCCGGUAGCUGUGGGCCCACUGAUUAUUCCAGAUUCUUCAAGCAAAGGUGCCCCGAUGCUUAUAGUUACCCCAAGGAUGAUCAAACUAGCACCUUCACUUGUAAUGGUGGGACUGACUAUAGGGUUGUCUUUUGUCCUUGAACCCAAUAACCUUACAUAAUAUAUAAUAUAUGCACUAAAAUAAAGAUCAAUAAAAUUACAUAAGGCGUGUGCACUUUGCGUGCCCCUCCUCGUCUAUGAUGUGUGUACUUCUAUUCUAAAUGAAAUGGGGUACUUAUGAAUAAUAUAUUAAACUCUUUGGGCAAUGAAAUUCCAUUUCAAUACUUUA